UACUGGGAGUUGUCAGGUAUAAAAGGUGAGCCAGAAAGGUGUGAGCAGCCAUAUAGUACAAAGCAAAUUUACCAAGAACACCAAGAUGAAGAUAACCGGGACAGUUCUCCUAUGUGUCUGUUUGACCUUUAUGUUUUUGGGCAUAGAGGGCCAAACCUCAACUGACACACCUACAGCAGUGACCAAUAACAGCUCUACGAGUCAAAGCACUCAGCCUGCAGCGACCACACCUCAAUGGGACUCCACUGCUUCUUACACGACAAACACCACCCAUGCCCAAACUCCUGAAACCACAAGAAUACCAUCUGUCACCACCUCCCACUCUGCAAAUAAUGUCACUUCAUCACACGGGUCUUCAGCGUCCUCUGGGGCUACUCAAAACCCUGGAACCACAGCAUCCACCGCUCGGCCCUCCUCAGAGACUACCAGCAAUAAUGUUACCACAGUCUCAUCUACAACGACAAAAGGAGGAUCUGCUCCUUUGUUUGGGUUCUGCAGUCAGCUGCUGGUGUUUGCUGUCACUAUUCUGAUCUGCUGUGCAUUGGAAUGAAUGUAUGAAAGUACAGAAUCUGUAUUUAAAUCCUUAAAUAUUGUGGAAACAUAUUACAUUAUUAUUACAGCCUCAUAUUAAAUGGCUGCUACUUUAAGGCUGUGAUGUGCUCUGUUUGCACUGAGUCUUUCUCUGCCUUUACACAAAUAUCCACAAGUUAUGUAUGACUUUGUGUUUCAAAUAUUAAUGCUAUGUUUCAUUCAUAAAUACUAAAAGGGAAUAAAGGAAACUAAUGUUUUUUGGCAAAUAAAGUGAAAUGAUGAUAUUUUG